AUGUCAAUUGAGCCAACAAGGUCACAGCAAUGGCUUCAUCAUGAUUCACAACUGGCUGCCGAUGCUGGGGUAACAUUUGAACUUCAAUAUGUUGGUGCCAUUCCAGUGCUGACAUCCAUAAAAUCUGUGAAUAUAAAUACCAGAACUCGAAUUUGUCGUGCAUCAAUACGUCGUGUAUGUGAAGAUGUUGGUCUAAAACUACCAAGUAACCAACCAGCUGACAAGUCAAUAAAACAGUUCAUUGGCCCAUCCACUGAUAUGACAUGGGCAAUGGUAAACGUAUACCUUACAAUCACAUCACAAACACUAACUGUUGAAACAAUUGAUAAUGGUGUGUUAUUAUUCCAGCACAACCUAUUCCUGGUUUCUUUUGCUUCCGCUGGGGAUGCAGAUACACCAGAUUUCAUUUGUUAUGUGGCCAAAACAGAUCAAGACACUCGUAUGUGUUACGUUUUUGAAUGUUCAGAUGGUCUUGCCCAGGAUGUAAUUAUUACAAUCGGACAAGCAUUCCAGCUAGGAUAUCAGGAUUUCAAAAAUUCUAAACCGCAAAAUGUUAAUAAACAAACAUCUCCCAUUAAAUUAAAUUCAUUGGAUUCAUUAUUUUCUCAUCACCAAACAUUUCAAACAAAUAUAUCAAUGUCUAAAAAUUCUCUUAGUAAUUCAAACAAACCUUCAUCUAUUAAUAGUACCAAUUAUCAUGUAUCUGCCAAUACCAGUAAUUCCCUAUCAAAAGAGAAUACGACAUUAAAUCAAAAUACUUCUAUGCCUGAUAAUAAUGUUACUCAUCAACCAGUAGCUUUUGAUAAUUUUAUGGAUUUUGAAGAUAGUGCAUGGCAUCUUGGUAACGAACUUUCUUCGGGUAAUCAAACUGAUAAUGCAGAAUGCAAUAAGCCAUCCUGUGGCACUACAAAAAAUUCCACCCAAUCUAAUCAAAAUGAUUUAACACAACAGGCUUCCUGCAACAUUAAUAAAGUCGCUGGUGUCAAAUCAAUGUCUAAUGUAAAGGCACCAGUUGGACUUCCAAAUUUUGAACAUUUAGAACCAGUAGGUGAACCUUGGUAUGUUGGUAAAAUGUCCAGAUCACAAGCCGAAAAUUUGUUGCGUUAUGAUGGGGAUUUUCUUGUACGUGCUAGCAUUCAGCAGCCUGGUCAGUUUGUACUAAGCGGCCUUCAAGACGGAAAAUAUAGACAUUUGUUACUGGCCGAUCCCAAUGGAAAGGUACGUACAAAAGAACGAGUAUUUGAUAGCAUACAACAUCUUAUUGAUUAUCACCGAAAUAAAAUUAAUAUUUCCGGUAUCUACACAUACAUUUUGCAUUUCUUAAUUCAAUUCCGCAUGAUCUUUGACAUAGGUGCACAAUUCAGUGAUAACAUACCAACAACUCAACUUUAUCUCUGUGAUCUAAUAACUUUAUUUUAUAUCCCAUGCUUAUAUUGUUAA